CAUAAAGACGACGUCGUUGUUGUUCGAUGUCGAACGAUCGUUUUUUGAAACAACACUUUGUUCGAAAAUUUCUGAAAUUAGUGGAAAAGUGGUCUACGGAAUAAGACGUUAAAAAAUUUCGAAUAGUUUCACAUUUUUUUUGCCAUCCCUUUUAUAACAGAACGCAAAACGAUUUGCUUUAAAAUCGGAGGGGUUAACGUUAACGAGGAACAGAUUACAAGAACCAUCUGAUAAAGGAAACAUUGAUCGAGAGACUGUGUCGACCGAAAUAUCAACGGAAAUUGGAAAAGAGAGAAGAAUGCCAGUCGGUGUAUCGACGUCUCGAUUCGUAACUUUCUCUACAUUAUCAUUAUUGUCUAUGAUGGCUGGUUCACAAUGGGUUCACCUUAUUUAUAGACCACUGGACGAUUUAGACGAUUUGAUAGAACAGGCAGUGAAGGAAAGAUUAACGAAAACGUAAUGGCAACGAAUAUACCACCAUAGAAGAAUGUAACAAUGAUUAGACUUUGUAAAUAAAUGCGACUAUGCUAUGAAUAUAAAGACGAAUAUCACGGUCUAUAAAUGGCAUAUAAUAUUAAGUAACAAU